CGACGACUGGCCGCAGAUUUACGAGUACUUGAAAACCUUAACGAAGCGGGUCGGCGAGUUCGCCGCCCUGCACACCAUAUGAAAUGCAAAAGCAUCGUACUAGUAUAUAAAUCGCAUGACAAAUCUCGUCAGCAUAAGAAAUAGAAUUUGUAAUGCGGGUUUGCCUUAAGAAAAUGAUUUGUAAUGCAUGAAUGCGAUUAGUACGACUACGAUACUUUUGCACAGGAUACACCAGCGGCGUGGUCCGGCAGACGUUGAAACCGCCGCGGGUGAUAUCCAAGAAAAAAACUGUGUAAGUGUAACUCUGUAAUGCAGAACAUGCAACAGAGUUACACGUGUAAUGCCAGACAGCCAUGAAGUCCUCUCUUCCUGUGUGUUUUCCCUUACAAUCCACGCAUGACAGCUUUUCUUUGAUGUCAUGUAGAGCAAAUUUGUAAUGCUGUCAACCAAAGAAAGUUACACUAACACAGUUUUUUUCUUGGAUAUGUGAGCUCCUGGUUCUCCCUGGAAGUGACCCCGUGCGGCUUGCGUUUCGAUGCGAAGCGGGCGGACGAACUGAAGAGCUUCCUGGCGGACUUGAUGCACCGCUGCAUGGACCACUUCCAGAUCCGCAAGCGGACGGCGGUAUGCAUUGCAAAUAUGUCUGGGUCUGGAACAGUGGAACCAACUUGUGAUGCGUGUCUUGCAUUCCUGGAAAAUCUGUGUUGCAUGAGCAGCAAAAGUAGAGGAGCUUCCUUUGUCAUGCAAAAACGCAAUUUGUGAUGCGUGCUAGGCAUCAGCAGGCGUCUCAGAAACUUGUCAUGCUUGGCUGCCAUUGCAAGCGCCUCAACCAUGCUCAAUUCAGCAUCACAGGUUUCCAGACCCAGACAUAUAUAUUUGCAGUGCAUAGGCGGCCAACCGAUUUUACCUGGCGCACCUGCUCGCGGAGUAUCACACGUUCCAGGAGGUGCUCGGGAACGAUCUGGACCGGCACACGGAUUUUCUGAUCGCUAUGUCCGAGUACGGGUACGCCCGGCGGCUGCAAGUCAAACCCGCGGACAUGGAGCAGGACGUGCAGUUGCUUCGGACGCACGUACGCAAGAAAAAAACUGUGUAAGUGUAAGUUUGUGUUGCAGAACAUGCAACAGAGUUACACCUGUCAUGCCAGACAGCCACGAAGUCCUCUUUUCAACUGUGUUUUCCCUUACAAGCCACGCAGGACAGGUUCUCUCUUUCAAUUUGUGAUGCUGUUUCCCAAAGAAAGUCACACUUACACACUUUUUUUCCUGGAUAGCACGCCAAGCAGGUCCAGUACUGCAUGCCGCACUGGAACGUGCGGUGCUGGGCGCGGGGGCGGGCGCGCGGCAGUAUCGUGGUGGUGAUCAAAUCGAGGGAGGGGGCUUUGCUGUCGAAAGGAGAUGGCAGCAAGGCUAGCAGCAGUGAAAAAGACAACGGGAACAACGAUGUUGAUAAGGCGGAUGAGCUCGAAGACUUCCACGACAUGCUGGAAAUGCACGAGGAGACGACGAAACUGCGGAAAUCUCUGAAGUCCAUGGGGGAGCAGUUUGAACUUCCGGAUGAGGUCGGCAUGUUGGACUCCGACCUAGAGGACGUG